AUGUCUCUGCCACACAGUUAUGGCAUAGUAUUGAACAAUGGUAGCACGAUUGUUCACGGCCGUGGAGCCAACAUCAGAACACCGUUUAGCGCUAUCCCAGUGAUAAUGCACGAGUUAUCGCCUGGUCAGCAUCUCCAUCUGCAAGAACCAGAACAAGGCCAGUCCAAGAUUCGUUCAUACGGGGGUCAACUUGGUUUCAUCGAAUUCACAACCGAUUAUCGCUUGCCUCGACACGUGCAUAUAUCACCACCAGAGUCGCAAAAUCCGAAUGAUCAGGCUUUCACUGCAGAGCGUAUUCUCGUACUCUCAGGGGUUGCUCUCGUUGAGUUGAAUGGCGAAAUAUUCGUUAUACCACCAAAGACGUUAGUGACGAUUGCCCCGGGCGUGCCACACACAUGGACGGCAUGCGCAAAAGGUGUGAGAGUUUCGGCUCCUCCAGACACAGAAGAUAUAGCAAAAUGCACUGGUCGUGAUAAUGCGCAGCGUCAUGCGCCCGAGCCUGUUGUCUCCACCGGACAAUUUUUGAUGGUGUACGAAUAUGAAGACCCAACGGGGUUCUUUCCAACGAAGCAGACCGAUACGCUCAAAGAUAUCGAGCAAUAUGAGCGCUGUGACGAUUUGGAAUCGAUCCGAAUACCAGCUCUGAGUGCACAUGAGGUCCAGCAGCGCUGUACCUUUGUCUGGGAGAAAGCGAUCUGGAAGAAGACUUCAUGA